CGGUUAUGUUUUGCUGGUUUUGUUUUGGCUCAGAGUUCCUAACGAUGCCGAAUGAGAGUUAGUGAUAAUUUUAAACCAUUUGUUCUUUGGGAAGGCAACCAGUAAAUGCUUGUGAAGGCAUUCUACUAUGUCUGAUGUUGAUGAACUAUUAAGCCUGGAAAAGCUGGACAGAACGUCGCCUGAGCUUUGGCCAGAGCAGAUUCCUGGCGUCACUGCGUUUGCGAGAGAGAACACAAUCCCGCAAAACGUCCAGAAAAAUUGGAAUCAACCCUUUACUCAAGAAGAACAGUCAUUGCUGUGUUACUACAGUUCCCUUUCCAAAGAUGCUAUGGAUGCUGAGUUGAAGAAGUUACAUGAAAUUGCAUAUAAUCUAGGAAUUGAAGAGGCAAAGGAAAUGACCCGUGGCAAAUACUUAAAAAUUUUGAAUUCUGAUGGAUCCAGUUGAUCACUGUAUCAAAAAACAGUAUUUUUUUGUAAAUUUCUCUCAGAUUUUUCUCUUAACUCACCUGAUCAAUAUUAAUCAUGUCUCUCUACCUCCCCCUGUGUAAUAUCCCAAAAUAAUAUGCAAAAUUUUUCUUAAUCUCA